UAUAUGCCCCUCCAUUUCAUUCGCUCGCCAAGCUCUCAUCACACAACAAUAUCCGCUUCUCAUUUCUCUGUCCAACUAUAUUCCCCAACCACUCACCACUUUCUCGCAAGUAGUCCUCGUACUUCAUUGUCGCCGCUUGUCCUCUGUUCCCAUCCAUUGAAUUCGUCUUCUUCACAGCCCCUUUCGAUCUCUCUUCAUUUGAAUCUCGAGUGACGAGGGGUGUUGGCUGAAGCAGAGAGCGAGAGUCAUAUAUCGAAGAAGCAUUAAGAAGCUAAGAGCCAUGUCUGGUUGCGGCGGCUACGAGGGGCACGUGAUGGGAGCGUGCGCAUGUGGCAUGUAUCACAGCCAAGCCAAUCCCUUCCCAAUGCUAUACACCGACCAAAAUUCCUAUGCCUAUGACUACGACGAAUCCGACAUGUAUUCUUCCCUCACGCCCUCCUCCUCUUCCGUCGACUGCACGCUCUCCCUCGGCACCCCUUCCACCCGCUUGACUCCAGACGAAGAAGGGCGCCGCAGCCGCAACGAACGACGUCGCUCCGUCUCCAACAUGUGCUGGGAUUUAUUACAGUCCAAUCAAUCCCACAGUGGCAGGUCCAGCAGAGGCGGCUCUUCCUCCUCCAAUGAUCCCCUUCUCGCUCGUCGCUGCGCCAACUGCGACACCACUUCCACGCCCCUCUGGAGAAAUGGCCCCAGAGGUCCAAAGUCGCUAUGCAAUGCCUGUGGGAUCAGAUACAAGAAAGAAGAGAGGAGAGCCAGCGCCGCCGCAGCCGCCGCCACGGCUUCGGCGUCGGGCGGAGUUAUGGAGCCCCAGGCGAUGUACGGACACCAAGACAAUUACUGGUAUGGGCAGUCGUACUCAGAGGCCCACAGAAUGCCGUACUACUCGCCGGGAAUGGAGGAAGACGGCAAUGGAGAAUCCGACAACGGCAUGCCUUUUCUCUCUUGGAGACUAAACGUAACAGACAGGCCGAGCCUCGUCCAUGACUUCACAGGAUAAACAUUUGAAUGUGAAUGAUAACAGGAGCGACAUUUUCAUUUAUAAUUGAUACUGGAAACUAGAAAUGACAGGAGGGUCUAGCUGGUUACUAGUUGGACGGUCAAGAUCACGCGGGUCUAUGUCAACGUUUACGAUGAUGUUGUUGAAGAUGUUUUUGAUGGCGAUGGUUAUGGUCUCAUCAAAUUUUUUUGCCCCUUUUGUUUCCCUUGUGUCUGAUUUUUGACCGUUCCCCCCCUUUUUUGCUUGCUUCUUCUCUCCGUCUCGCACAUAAGAUGGAGUUAGAAUGGGACAUCUAUGCUGCUGUUAGUUACUUUGCUUUUUCUUUUGAGUUCUUUCUUCAGUCAAUCAAUUACAUAUAUAGACCUACCUUUCUGUUUGCUUCGCUUUC